AUGAGAUCGGGAAUUGUUAAAUGUAAGGUUAAAAAUGUUCAAACAGGAUCAAUUACUGUGGAGGAUUUUUCUGGAAUGAAAUUUGAAAGAGCUUUAAUUAAUAAAGUUCCCGUCAUUUAUUCUUAUUCAGAUUCUGAGUUUUCCUAUUUUUUAGAUUCAGAGACUUAUGCGGAAAUUAGAGUUUCAAACAAAGAUUUUGAAGAGGAAAUUAAAUUUAUAGAAGAGGGUCUUGAGCUAAGCUUAAGUCUUUAUGAGGAGGAGGUGCUAGCCAUUAAUUUACCAGAAAUAGUUUCUUUAACCAUUGAAAAGCUUUCUGAUGAUUUGCCUGCUACAGAUCAGAAGAAAGUUGUUACUUCAACAGGACUUACUGUAGCUGUACCUAAGUUCUGUGAAGUGGGUGACAAAAUAAAUGUGUCUACUUCGGAUGGAAAAUAUAAGUCACGUUAA